GAAUUCUCAUCAAUAGGUUUCAUUCACAUGGCAGCAGAAAAUUGAGUACAUUUUUUUCCUUUGUUUUUUCGGAUAUGAAAAUUUGAAGACGCUAGGAUUGUUAGAAAGGCGAAAUAGAGUCAACUCAACUAAGAAAAUUGUUUUUUUUCCCUUUUGUUUUGGGGGAAGGAAGAAGAAAAUAGUAGACGACCCUAUAAUACGCCGCAGCGCGAACUACGCACGGUCCACCAGGAUAACUGUUUUAACGGUACAGAGAUAUCCACUAUCCUGCUAGCCAAUGAUAAGUAGUGCAGGCGAAGAAAUCCCAUUUCAAGUAGUGACUGAUGGUAAUGGAAAUCGGAUCUUUAUGAUCAUAAAAGGGUUGUUUAGGAGGUAUGAGAGAUGGAACCCUGUGCAUCCAACAUCUGGAUCGUUUUGGGGCAUGGGAAUCGGCAUUGGGUGUGGCAUUGGAUGGGGUCCUGGUUUUGGGCCUGAAGUGAUUGGUUAUGUUGGAGCUGGAUGUGGCGUGGGAUUUAGUGUUGGCUUCACCUUGCUUGGUGCUGGAAUUGGCCUUCCUACAAAGCCCUCCAUCAAAAUUCCUUACAAUGGAAUGAGGACAGGAGUGGUGAAGCUUCUGAGAUCCAGCGGUUUUUUUUCCAUCAGAAAUGUUGUGGAGGAUGGUUGGAACCAUUUUGGGCCACAUAUUCCUUUCCAGAGGGAAGCCGGUGGAAAGAUCACUAGCUUUAAGCAUAAGAGUUCUUUAGACCAUAGUGUUGGAUUAACUAUGAUGAAGCCUGGCUACCCUUCCAAUUUUAGAUCUAUUUUGGAACGUUUAGAGUCACUGAGAGAUCGAUGCUUGCAUCCUCACAAAGGUACAUUAACAAAUCCAACUUCGUAUUUUAAGUAA